AUUUUUUCUAUGAUGGCUUCGCCCAGACUUCCAGUAUUUGAUCAACCUUCUCGCCUUGUGUUUUCCCCUCAUUUAAAACUCCGCCAUGAAAGCUUUCGAAGGGCAGAAGGAAAAGAGAAAAGCAGAUGUUACUGUUGCUUAAAGCGAGAGCGAGAGACGAAGGGAGAUAGAAAGUAGAGAAUGGAAGCUGUGAAACCAUGGAUUCUAUUGUUCUCAAUACUCCUCCUAUUCUCUCACAUUUUCAUUCUCACUACUCUCGCCGAAGGUGUUACUCCCCAGGAAGCCAAGCUACUACGCGACGAGGUACGUGGCAUGUUCUAUCAUGCGUUUGAUGGAUAUAUGGAGAAUGCUUUUCCUUUAGAUGAAUUAAGACCUCUGACAUGCGAGGGAGAAGACACACUAGGAGGUUAUGCCUUAACUCUGAUUGACUCCUUAGACACACUAGCUUUAUUGGGUGACCGAGAGCGGUUUGCUACCUCAGUUGAAUGGAUUGGUAAAAACCUUCGGUUUGAUAUUAAUAAGACGGUAUCUGUGUUUGAGACUACCAUCCGAAUCCUUGGAGGUUUACUUUCUGGUCAUCUUAUUGCCAGUGAUUAUGCUACGGGUAUGAAAAUUCCAUCCUAUGACAAUCAAUUGCUUCAUUUGUGUGAGGAUCUGGCACGGAGAUUGUUACCUGCAUUUGACACUCCUACAGGAAUUCCCUUUGGAUCUGUCAAUCUAUUGCAUGGAGUUGAUGAACAUGAAAGCAAGAUAACUUCAACAGCAGGUGGUGGGACUUUGACCUUGGAAUUUGGGGUGCUUAGCCGCUUAACUAAUGAUCCCAUUUUCGAGCAAGUUACAAAGAAUGCAGUGCAUGGAUUAUGGGCUCGCCGAUCAAAGCUGAACCUAGUUGGUGCUCAUAUCAAUGUUUUUACAGGUGAAUGGACACAGAAGGAUGCCGGAAUAGGAACAAGUAUUGACUCGUUUUAUGAGUAUCUCUUGAAGGCUUACUUAUUAUUUGGGGAUGAAGAGUACCUGUUCAUAUUCCAAGAAGCUUAUGGGGCUGCUAUGUACUAUCUUUACAAUGAUCCAUGGUAUGUGGAGGUAAACAUGGAUUCUGCUGCUAUUGUUUGGCCAUUAUUUAACAGUUUGCAAGCAUUCUGGCCAGGCCUUCAGGUUCUAGCUGGAGACAUUGACCCUGCUAUUCGAACGCAUACUGCCUUUUUUAGUGUUUGGAAAAGAUAUGGCUUCACCCCAGAGGGUUUUAAUCUUGCCACAUUAAGUGUUCAGCAUGGCCAGAAAAGUUAUCCACUUCGUCCAGAGUUAAUGGAGAGCACAUAUUGGCUCUAUAAAGCUACCAGGAACCCCAGAUAUCUUGAUGCUGGAAGGGACAUGGUUACUAGCUUGCAGUAUGGGGCUCGAUGCCCUUGUGGAUACUGUCACAUAUCAGAUGUAGAGUUUCAUAAACAGGAAGAUCACAUGGAGAGCUUUUUUCUAGCUGAAACAGUCAAGUAUUUGUGGCUUCUUUUUGAUUUGGCUGCGGGUUCGGACAACCUUGUUGAAAAUGGGCCAUACAAGUAUAUCUUCAGUACUGAAGGCCACUUAUUGCCUGCAACCCCACAAAUAUCUCUUAUACGGGAACAUUGUUCAUAUUUUGGGGCCUACUGUAAUAAUGAUGACUCAAGACAAGAUUCUCGUACUUUGGACCUCUCAACUGAUCAUCAGGAAAAUAAGAGUCAAUUAUAUAGAGGUUGGGAUCCUUCCAGUUCUCCGUCGGACAACACUCUCCGUGAGCCUACGUCUAUUUCAGGAUCAAUGAAGGGGCUAUGUCCAGGACUAACUCAUGGGCAAAAGUUUGGCAUAUCAUAUCUGGCUUCAACUGAUAAAAAAACUUAUGAGGGUGAGUCCACAAGCCAGAAAGAGGCAACUGUGGUUCCCACCCAAUCUGCAGUGAUUGUUUCUAAUCCAGAUGCCGAGUCCACAGGCCAAAGAGAGGUCACUGUGGUUCAAAGCCAUUCACUGGUGGUUGUUUCUAACCCAGAAGUUGAGUUCUCACAACCUGAUGACAAGAAUGAUCAUGAUAAAGAUCAGGGAUUGAUUGAAGAAGAGCUAGAGAGUGACCCGUCUCAAGACAUUGAUGAAGGUGCAUGAGUUGCUUGUUAAGACUUCUGGAGGAAGAUAAAUGGUGGGAAUGCAAAUUCAUAAUUAUAUGUUGUCUAUUUCCUAUAUUUCUUCUGCUAAAAGAAGGCAGUUAACAGUGAAUAUACUGUACAGGGAGAAGUUCUGGAGCAGUUCGGCCUUUGUAUACAUAAAGCCUAUAUAUGAAUCUGGGCUCUCGGACUGGGACGUGUGAUUUCUGUUCAUAGAUUCAAGUCUGUCGCCUGCUAUUGAUGCGUUGGGCUUGGAUCUUCGAUGUGAGGAUAUAGACAAGAAGAACAAGCUGCCCUGUACGAUAUGUUGCUGGCUGUGUAAUCUAGCUGAUUUUAUUUAAAUUUGUUUUUGGGAAUUCUGUGUAAAGUUGUUGAUUUAUUUAGGAGAAGGCACAUCUGCAGACAUUGCUUGGAAUAAUAAGAGGCUUGGGUGGAUCACAGACCUAAUACUGCAGAAGCUCUGAACAAUUUUUACCACCUGAUUUGUUCAAUUUUUAACGGGCAUUGAUGGCCCACCGGACAUCGGCGGAUCGGUCCCAUUUCGGGCUUCCAUCUAUAGAGCAUGGAUAGAUAAAUUAUGUUCUGAUUAUAAUAAUGAUCCAUUUAGAUGUUGAUAUAUAUCACUUCAUUAUUUGGGCUGUUA